AUGGACAAUCAACAGUUUGUCACUCAGUUGGAGCAGACACUCUCUACAGUGUUAUCUCCAGAUAAUAGUGCUAUUAAAUCAGCUACUCAGAAGCUCAAAAAGGAGUUUUACCCUAACAUACAGGCCCUUCCUGCCUUGAUCCAUGUGUUGCAGAACUCAGACAACGACGGUAUCAAGCAGCUUGCCGCCGUUGAGGCCAAGAAGCUCGUUACCAAACAAUGGGAGCAGCAAGAUGCUGCUUUGCAACAGGGAAUCAGAGAUUCUCUAUUACAGUUCUCCUUUACAUACCCUUCUAAGAACAUUCGUCACUCUACUGCCAGAAUCGUUGCUGCCAUUGCCGAUAUCGACAUUCCUAGCAAGCACUGGGACUCUUUAUUACAGUCUCUAGUGACUGCGGCAACUGAUUCUACCGUUCAGACUAGGGAGAUGGCCACAUUCAUCAUUUUCUGCGUCUUGGAGAACUUCCCUCUCGAAUGGUUGGCUCAUACUGACAGCUUCAUCGAGUUGUUUGCCAACACUUUGCAGGAUACUGCGUCGCCAGAGGUCCAAACCACCUCUGUAUCCGUUUUGGAGGUCAUUUCCUCCUAUAUUGAGGAGGAAGAUGAGCUUAUUGUUCGUUUAGCAGACAGUUUUCAGGCUCUUAUGCCUAGAAUGCUGACCGUGCUAAAACAGUGUGUUGCUGGUGAUGAUAUGGACAAGACUAAAGAUAUGUUUAGCGCUUUCAACAGUUUUGUUCUACUUGAUAUGCGUCUUUUGGGCCAGCAUUUCUUUGAAAUCGUCCAAUUUAUGGUGCAAAUCGUCUUGAAUACCAGCGUAGAUUCGGAAAUCAGAGGCUUUGCAUUGAAAACGUUGACUCAGUGUGUAUCCUACCGUAAGUCCAAGCUAGCACAAGCCAAAAUGGGUCCUCAAUUGGUUCAAUGUGCUCUUCGUGUCGCCUGUGAAGCCGACCAAGAUGAAGUAGAAUCAUCCUUAGACUCUGAAGAUGAAGAAAAUGAAAACGAAGAAGACGAUCCUUCUUCGUUGGCUCUUCGUCUUCUUAACACAUUGGCCAUCGAUUUAUCUCCAUCUCAAGUUAUUCAACCGGUUUUAGAAGCCGUGGGCUCAAUGCUUUCCUCUUCGAAUCCUUUUGAGCGCAGAGCUGCUCUUUUGGCUAUAGGAGUUUCUACCGAAGGUGCUCCAGACUAUGUUUCUGCUAGAUUACCUAAGAUUAUCCAAUUGGUUGUUUCAGGUUUGAAUGAUAGUUCCAUCAUCGUUCAAGCUGCUGCCCUUAGAACUCUUUCACAGCUUGGUGAAGAUCUCAAGGAUGCCGUGGCCGACUAUCAUGCUAUGCUUCUGGGUCCUAUCAUUAACAUCAUUGACUCCACUGACAAAAUCCUAGUGUACAAAUAUGCCACUUACGCAUUGGAUACAUUGGUCGAAUAUAUGUCGAACGAUGACAUUAAACAGUAUCUUGAACCACUUAUGAACAAGCUUUUCCAAAUGCUUGAUAGAGCCCAGUCGUCUUCAUUGAAAUCUGCCAUUGUCUCUGCCGUCGGUUCCGUUGCUUACGCUUCUGGUGUCGCUUUUAAACCGUACUUUGAACCUUCCAUCAAGUUUCUCGAGCGAUUUAUUGAUAAUAUGGAUAAUACUGAAGGCAUGACUGAACAAGACAUUGAGUUGAGGGCUCAGACGUUCGAGAAUAUAUCUUCUAUGGCGAGAGCUGUUCGUUCUGACGCAUUUGCUGCAUAUGCAGAGCCUCUCAUCAACGCCGCCUAUUCUGCCAUUAAUAACUCCAGUAGCGGCAGACUUCGUGAGGCCGGCUUUGCCUUUGUUUCGAACAUGGCUAAAGUGUACGGCACUCAAUUUGGUUCUUUCUUAGAGAAGAUUAUUCCAGAAAUAUAUAAAUGCUUGGAGCAGAAUGAGAUUGACUUAGAUAUCGACGACGACGAGGAUAUUGAAGAGGUUGAUUUGGCCGAGAAGUUGAAUAUUCACACAGGUGUCACUGUGGAGAAGGAAGUGGCUUUAGUGGCUCUAUCUGAACUAGCUACCUCUACAGGAGCUGCUUUUAGUCCCUACGUGGAGAAGACUGUACAGGUGUUACGGAACCAGAUUGAGGAGUCCUACGCUAUUAGAGAGGCAGCCCUAUCUGCUCUUUGGAAGCUUGUCUAUGCCACAUACAAGGUUCACGGUGGUGAUAACCCAACAGUUCAACAGCUCAUUGAUCAAGCCAGAAAGACCACGGCAGAACUUCUUCCAAACGAAUACGACGUGUCCAUGGUUCUUUCAUGCCUCGACUGUCUUGUCGAGUACUCGAAGUUGAUUGGAAAGCAAGCUGUGUUUGAUGCCAACGAUCAGGAAUCUCUUCCAUCGAUUUGUGAACAAUUGGCACUUCUCUUGAAAGGUGAACAUUUGUGUCAGGCCCAGGACGAGGAUGAAGAUUUGCCCAGUGACGAAGUGGAUGCCUCAGAGACUGAUGCGGUCGUUUACGACUCUGCCUUGGAGGUGUUAGUGGGGCUUUCGCAAGCCUUCGGUGUGGAAUUUGCCAAACUGUUUGCACCUUUCAAAGAGUUGGUCCUCGGUCAGUCCAAUUCCAACGACAAGGCUAAGAGAAUAUCAUGUCUCGGAUGCCUUGCCGAGAUCAGUAACAACAUGGGCCCAACUAACCCUUACCAACAGGAGUUUCUCGAAUUGUUUGUGCAGAAGUUGACGGGAGAUUCCUCUACAGAGGUUCGUGGUAAUGCUGCUUACGGUGUGGGCAUAAUUGUAGAAAACGCCAAUUUUGACUCGUCGAGUGCCUUCCCAACGAUCUUACAGGCGUUGUCGAAGCUUUUGAACAACGCAGACACCGAGUUCAAGAACGAGGACGGAGAUGACGAGACCAAGGAGGUGAUUAACAGAACAUACGCCAAUAGCUGCGGCUGCGUCUGUAGAAUGGUACUCAAACAUGAAUCUGCCGUCCCUUUGAACGCAAUCUUAUCAUCGUUGUUAGCCCACCUUCCAUUACAGACGGCAUUUGAAGAGAAUAAGCCGAUAUUCGAGUUGAUCAUGAAACUUUAUGGAGAAAACAACGAGCUCAUCAUGAACUCAACUUCGAAGGUGAUCGAAAUUUUUGAAGGGGUCUUCCAGAAGGAGGCAGAUAAGGAGAAGUUGAUCAACGAGUCGACGUUGGGAAGAGAAGAGAAUGUUGAUCGUCUUAAUCAGUUUGAUUCGGAUGAAACCAAGCACAAAGUGGUUCAGCUGCUUAAGUUCUUGGACCAAAAGUAUGCUGGUUCCGUUAGCUCGAAGCCAGUAUUGAAGGCGGCCAUCAAUUGA